UGUAGGCCUGUUUAUGGACGCCAUGGCAGCUCAUGCUAGCGAGCUCGAGAUUGCAAAGAAAAAUUUAACUGAUGCAAUUGGCGAUAAUGUCAAGCAUUACUGGGCAAACCUGAAGCUAUGGUUCAAACAAAAGAUCAGCAAGGAGGAGUUUGACAUUGAGGCACGCCGUCUGCUGGCUCAGGAGAAUGUUCAUAUUCACAACGAUUUCCUCCUGGCCAUCCUCACACGCUGUCAGAUCAUCGUCUCCACACCAGAGGGUGCAGGGCCAUUACAGUGGCAAGGUGGCUCUGUUUCAAAGCCUGGGAAACCAAAAGGAAAGAAGAAAUGUUCCUCCAGACAGAAAUUUGAUCAUCGUUUCCAGCCACAGAACCCCCUCAGCGCCGCCCAGCCUUUCAGCCCCCGCGAGUUGGGAGGUGACGAGGAGGAGCUGCGCCUCAGUGCCCACACUCUGCUGCUGCCCACACGGGGCCAGCUGGAGGCCCGCAUGAUGGUGACGGCCUUCGAGCUCGGUCUGGACAACAUCACAGAAGAUGCCGUCAGCAGCAUGACCCACGCUGUCGAGCACCACUUGAAAGACGUCCUGACUGCUGUCAUCACCCGGAGGAAGGCGUACAGACUACGAGACGGUCGCUUCCCCUACGCCUUCGGCAGUGAUGUCACGCCACAGCCAUAUUUAAAGAACAGCCUCGCUGCUUACCAGAACGUCACUGAAUGUCCCCCUCCAAGUGCUUCCCUCGCUGCUGGCCCACCCCCUCAAGUGUCACCCGAUGAUGCCGAGCAACAAGCUGUUCACUUAUUGGCUUGUUCUGCUGACAAUCUCCCAGCGCCCCUCCCUCCAAUAAACAUGUUUGAUCUCCUGGAGGCUUUACAGGUUCACCACGGGGUGAUGCCAUCCCACACCAUGUACGCCCUGAACAUGGAGCGCAUCCUGUCCCGGCUCUGGCACCCGAGCCACGAAGAACUAGAGCAGGACCACGUCCACCGGCAGCGCCUCGCCGCCAAAGAGGGCCUGCUCGUCUGCUGAGAGCCACCGACAGGACUGUAUGUGAACUGUGGGUAACAUCAGGAACCAAAUGCAUUGAAUCCCCUUCAUGGAAAUGGAUGGGAAACAUUGUGUCCUUUUUUUUUUUUACAAUAGCUGGAAAAUAUCAUCCCUGUUGCACAAAGGGAUGAAGCGUGAUUCAAGCAAGAUGAAACAAAACCCGUUGGACAGUGGGUCUGGCAAAUAAUUUUUUCUUUGUUCUUACAGCCAUUUUGGCAGUCAACCAACCAUCAUUUGAAACUGGUGUAUAGGGAGAAACUGAUUAUGUGGAAAAUGUAGGAUUUUCCAUCAGCUACAAGCCGUGUAAAUGAUUGGGAGCUUCACAACGUAGGCCUGUCACGAUAAAUACUUUGUUGGAUGAUAUGUGUUCCCCCCAAAACAGAUAACUGAAUAAUCCAUGCCACUGGUAUAAUAAUAAUAAUACAUUAUUAUAACGUAGUGCUUAGGGCAAACACAUUUUUGAGUAUAUUCAGGCAUUAGAAGGUGUAGAAAUAAUAAAAUAUUGUGAAUAAAUAAAAUAAUAUUAAAUAAAAACACAAAUAAGUUAAAGACUUAUUUGGCAAAAAUGAGCCAUGCAAACUAAACAUUCGUGUAUAUAAUACUGGCAAUAGCAAAGCAAAAAUGAUCGAGGUAAUGUCAAAAUAUCCUACUAUAAGCCCAUACUGUAAAUAUUAUUGAGGUCUCAAACAUAUAUUGUGUGUCUGAUAUGUCGACAAUAACAACAUUAUCAUGACAGGCCUGCUGUUACCGUUAAAAUAUGUCCUUUCAAACACAAAACACUCAUUUUGUACAUCAGGUAAAAACAUAAAUGUAUAUAACACCCUGUUCAUUACACACAGCUGUUUUCACUUGAUUUGACUGAUUAGGCCUCAUCUCAGGUUAAAGUUGGAGACAGCGCUUCAACGAGAGUAACGGGAGGUCCCUUUACUCCAUGCACCAAUUGGAACGAUGCAAAUUUCAAUUGUUCCGCCUUAACAGGAAUGUCAAUCAAGCGCUGUCAGCACAGGAUUAUUGGAGCGGUCUAAUCAAGCCAUAAGUGAAAACACCUGUGUAGGUUCAUUGUGGGUGUGUGGGGCUCUGAAAGGGGAACACCUCCUAGAUUCAAAAUUCCAAUAUAUAUUGUUUUUUUCUAAAGCAAAGGAAAGUUGUAUUAAUAUUUAUGAGCUUUCUCAAAGCCAGAAACGAGAGGAAAAUCUCAAGCCUGGUGAUAUCAUCAGGUGUAUGAUGUCAUCAAGGGUAAAGUCUUUGUGCGCCAUAGGAAAUGUAUAGUUUUCUGACCCAC